GUGUCGUCUAUUUGCUGGAACCUGAGUUAGCACGCUAGCAGUGAAGCUAAUUUAAUGGCAGUUCAUGUUUUGGUUGUGUUAAAAGUGGCAAUGAACUGUAGCUAGUUAGUACGGAAUAUAUACAGUAUGUGGAACAGACUGGAAUAGAUGAAUUUAGGACUCAUGAAAGUUACGUUGUAAUGCAGAUAAUUAGAAAUAUGAAGGAUGCACGGCUGAGGUGGAAGUGAGCAGGGAUUUUGCAGUAGCCUUGCUGCGUAUCGACUCCGGCUGCGCUUGUCGGUGUUUGGACCGGACUAUUCGCAGGAGGAGGAUUAAUCUAACCACAAGCUUGGCAAAAUGACUCUAAAGUGUUCAGAUCUGUCAGAUGAAGACCCACAUGACUAAUUACAUGCUCACUAUAUUCGACCGGACAGCAAGGAAAGUACUCUCUCUGGACUAAGUGAAGACCCCCUCCUCUCUUUAAGAAGCCUGAAACAUGCCCUUGCCAUUUGGCCUAAAACUCAAAAGGACUCGAAGGUAUACAGUUUCAAGCAAGAGCUGUCUUGUCACUCGGAUUCAGCUUCUCAAUGGAGAGUUUGUUGAGUUUACACUUUCUGUGGAGAGCACCGGACAGGAAUGUUUGGAGGCAGUUGCCCAGAGACUCGAGUUAAGAGAGAUAACGUAUUUCAGCCUGUGGUACUUCAAUAAGCAGAACCAACAGAGAUGGAUUGACUUGGAGAAGCCGUUGAAGAAGCAGCUGGACAAGUAUGGGCUGGAGCCCACCGUUUACUUUGGAGUCGUGUUUUACAUACCCAGCAUCACCCAACUGCAACAGGAGAUUACAAGAUAUCAGUAUUAUCUACAACUGAAGAAGGAUGUUCUAGAGGGCAGGAUCUCAUGCUCGCUGGAGCAAGCUAUACGUUUAGCUAGUCUAGCAGUGCAAGCUGACUUUGGAGACUUCAAUCGAUAUGAUUCCCAGGAGUUCCUCCAGAAGUUUGUGUUAUUCCCUAUUGACUGGAUUCAGGAUGAGCGAGUGCUGGAAGAGGCCACUCAGAAAGUGGCUCUUCUUUAUCAAUCCUUCAGAGGUCUGUCAGCGGCAGAGGCAGAGAUGUUGUACAUGCAGGAGGUGGAGAAAAUGGAAGGAUAUGGUCAGGAAAGCUAUCAAGCUAAGGACAGUACAGGUACAGAUGUUACCCUGGGGUCCUGCCUCGAUGGCAUCUUUGUCAAGCACAAAAACACACGUCCACUCCUUUUAUUUAGGUGGCACGAAAUUAACAACAUGAGUCACAACAGGUCCUUCUUUGCCCUGGAGCUAGCCAACAGGGAGGAGAGUGUUCAGUUCCAGACUGAAGACAUGGAAACCUCCAAAUAUGUGUGCCGGAUGUGUCUGGCCAGACUCAAGUUUUAUAAGAUUAACAAAAGUAGCCUAGAGGAGUGUGACCCCCUGCCUUCUGAGGGCUCCCAGAAGUCCCUUCUCACUCUAUCCUUUCCUCGUUUUCCAAUGCUCUCUCGCCCCUCUCUGCCUUCUAAUAAGGGCCAAACCCAGCCUACAGUUGUCAACCCAGUCAGACGGAGAUCCAGCACUAGAAUAUCUCUGCCAAAGCCACAGGCCUACAUGAUGCCCCCACCGCAAAUGCACUACAAUGGGCAUUUCACAGAGCCUUACACAUCAUCACAAGACAACCUGUAUAUGAACAGUCAGAACGGGUAUUACUACCACUCUCAGACCAGCCUGGACUGCCCUCCUCUGGAAUACAGCAGCGGAGGGCGUUUACGUAACGGCAGCGUGUACAGCGCCCAUAGCACCAGCUCUCUUACCAAUCCCCAGCACUACCUUCAGCCCUCACCCAUGUCCUCCAACCCCUCUAUUACUAGCGACAUCACCAGGCCAGACUACGUCCCCUCUCACCGCCACAGCGCUCUCAUCCCACCUUCCUAUCGUGCCACUCCUGAUUAUGAGACGGUGAUGCGGCAGAAGAACCGAGGCACAGGGGGAGGAAUGGUUCUGUCUCAAGAGCACCGGCAGAGCCACUCAAUGAGGAACCUAAACAUUGGAAACUCAUAUGCCUACAGUAGGCCAGACCCUCUGGUUUACAGCCAGCCAGAGAUUAGGGGGGAACAUGGCGGAGCAGCCCAACACCACCACUAUCCCUUCCAUCUAGGCUCCAGCUUCCAUAGCCCUUCUCCGUACCCCUACCCUACAGAGAGGAGGCCUGUCGUGGGGGCAGUGAGUGUCCCAGAGCUCACAAAUGUCCAGCUACAACAGGCACAGGAGUAUCCAGCCCCUAACAUCAUGAGAACACACGUGUACCGACCACCUCCACCAUACCCAUAUGCUCAUCCGCGACCUGCAAACAGUACACCUGACCUGUCGCGUCACCUGUAUGUCAGCAGUAGCAAUCCAGACCUGAUCAUCACGAGGCGCGUGCAUCACUCAGUCCAGACCUUUCAAGAGGACAGCCUGCCUGUUGCACACUCUUUGCAAGAGGUUUCAGAGCCUCUUUUCAGCGGACCCCCGCACAGACACCCAUACCACGCUCAGAAGCGUAAUUCUAUUGAAAUUGCUGGGUUGGCACACAGCCUGGAAGGUAUGAGAGUCAAAGAGCGGACUGUGUCUUCUUCGGCUGCUGAAACAGCCACGCCCCCUCCGGUGCUGCGUGGCGGUCGCUCUCAGGGGUCCCAGCUUAACGUGUUUUUUGAACGCACAAAGACAGAGGACAGGGGAGACAUCAAGGAGGACGUGCAGUAUGGACACAAAAAGUCCCUUUCAGACGCCACCAUGCUCGUUCACAGCAGUGGUGAAGAAGAGGAGUUUGAGGACGACAGCGGACGUCACACUCCACUAUCUCAGGACGCAAUGGCAGCCAUCGUUCCUGAGCAGCCGCCACAACAGCAUCACAGCCUGACGUCUCUGUCUUCCCUGACGCCUCAGCAACAGACCCCCAUUGAGCCUCCUCCUGCAUAUCCCAUAGGCUCUGCCCUCGACCCCUCUGUAACCAGCCCCAUGUCCUACAAGGUUCACCCCCUGAUCCAAGAAGGGGAGCCCCUGUACCUGCUGUCAGAUUUACGACAGCCCAGGAUUAUGCCCUCGGUCUCAGAGGGAGACCUGAGUGGCCAGGCCAAGCAGAGGACUAAGAAAGACUUUAAGAAGAGGCCCGUGUCUGAUGUGCCUCCAGGGAAGAAAACUGUAGAGGGUUUGCCGCCACCGGGCAUGAAGAAAGGAGCGAGGUCAGAGGUGAAGAAGAUGGGUCCUCUGAAGGUGGCCCAUCUCAAUGGCCUCUCGGUGUCUAGGCAGCCAGUGCAUGACGACAUCAAGGAUGAGCCUGAACGUGCCUCCAACGACGAGCGGUGCAUGGUGCUGGAGCAGCACAUGGAUAGAGGUGAACUGUUAAAGGAGUAUGAGAGCAUCCCAAAGCGUCGUCCAGGAGGGGAGUGCACCGUUGCCCAGCUGCCAGAGAGUGGAGACAAAAACCGCUUCCAAGAUGUCCUGCCUUAUGACGACACCCGAGUGGAGCUGGUUCCCACUAAAGAGAACAACACAGGCUACAUCAAUGCUUCACACGUUAGAAUAACAGUAAGUGGACAGGAGUGGAGUUACAUUGCCACACAGGGUCCUCUGUCGAACACAUGUCAGGACUUCUGGCAGAUGGUGUGGGAACAGGGCGUCUCCAUCAUCGCUAUGGUUACUGCUGAAGAGGAGAGCGGCCGCGAAAAGAGCUUCCGGUACUGGCCCCGACUCGGCUCACGUCACAACACAGUGACGUACGGCCGCUUUAAGAUCACCACACGCUUCCGCACAGAGUCCGGCUGCUACGCCACCACAGGGCUGAAGAUCAAACACCUCCUGACGGGACAAGAGAGAACUGUCUGGCACCUGCAGUACACAGACUGGCCUGACCACGGCUGUCCUGAGGACUUCAAAGGCUUCCUCACCUACCUGGAGGAGAUUCAGUCUGUGAGGAGACACACAAACAGCAUCAGUGACCCAAAGAACACCAACCUACCUGUGCUGGUCCACUGCAGCGCUGGAGUGGGUCGGACCGGAGUCGUCAUCCUGUCUGAGAUCAUGAUAGCUUGUCUCGAGCACAACGAGACGCUUGAUGUCCCAAAAGUCCUGUUGGCGCUGCGGGCUCAGAGGAUGAUGAUGGUUCAGACCUUGUCUCAGUACACCUUCAUCUACAAGGUCCUCAUUCAGUACCUCCGCAAUUCCCGGCUGAUCUAAUCACAGGCGUCUCGGCGACGUCACAUGACAGAUAAUUGCAGGGUGGGUUUUGCAUUUAUGCCUGACUGCACUGCACUGAUGCAGCUGUUCAAAUCUGUUUAAAAAAAAGGAAAAAAAAAAGAUUGUGGAAGAAAUUUGAACCGUGUUUUAGUGAAGUUUUAAAUCAGGCAAAGGCUGAGGGUUUGGCAUAUACGAGACAAUGCCACAUGAAGGAUUCUAAAGACUUGUGACCUGCCUCUAAACAGUAUUAUCUAUAUAUAUGAUUUUUUACAUACAUUAUUGCUUCAUAAAGCCCAGCACUUUCACAGUACCUUGCUGUACAUAAUGAACCAAUAUUAAGCUGCAUUUAGAAAACAAUCUAUCAUAGACGUGCAUGGAGAACAGCUGAUUUAUUUUCAUUUGACUACGGACACUUUUUAAGAGAUUAUUGUGGAUUGCUGUUGCUUUAUUGGUUCUGAUAAUGAAGGACUUUUCUCUAGUUAUGAAAUGAAGGACGGGUUGUUAAAUGAUGAAUGGGUUCAUGUGAAGGUGUGAUUAUAACUGACUUGGAUCAUGUGACCUGUGGGGGCGUAGAUGGGGCUAAAUUCUACCACAGACACUGGUACAACUGGUGCACAUUAGUUUAGCAAUUCAGUGGAGCUGUUUGCAUCGUAAGUAGCCAAAAGUGCGCUUCUGUACUCUCGUCUUAAAAGUCCUUAUGACCUACCAAACAUCUAUUUAACGAAGUGAAACAAGAUGCUGACAGAGAGGUGGGCGACGAUGGCUUGGUCUUUGUAAAACACUGGAUUGAUGGGAAGUAGAAUUGCAUUGCACAGGUUUGAGAAGUUAUAAAAGAAAAAUUGGCAGGUUUCUUUUGGGUUUGGAUUAAAACUGGAACAUUUAUUUUAUACAUCUGAUUUUAAUAUGUUUUAUCUCUCCACUGCUGUAUUUGAUAUACUUUCGACUGUUUUGUCAAAAUAUGCAGGAAACGCUUCUCAUUCAGUGUCAUUUAUUGCAGUGAUCAACAUUCCUGCAAUAGCGCAGUGAUACAAAGAGACAAUGACGUCAGUGAAUUCAGCUCAGAUCCUUAAUGCCACGAAUGCUGGGCCUUUGUUUCAAUCUAAGUGCUUCAGACAAAGAUGUAACACGUGGGUAUGAACCAGGAGGACGUGCAUUCACAUGUAACCAGAACAGUGUGCGUCCAGUGUGCUGGGCUUUGCGUCGCCUCUGCUGGCUGCCGUGUUCUGUGUAAGCGUGAAGCACAAAGUCUGAUGGACAGAUCAUCUCCAUGUCAGUAUUCUGACUGCCUCGCUUGUUUUUCCUCCACUGAGAAAUGUCUCUCUGCACAGACACUUCCUACUUAAACAAACGACCUCCUGACUGUUAAUGGACACUUUGAUAAUGGUGUCUGAUUGGAGUUGGGUCGAGUCCACGUCCUACUGCUGUUUUAAGUAGUACGUAGGACGAAGUUAAUCUGCACAGAAACAAUGUUUACAGGCACUACGUUUAGAUGGAAUCGACGCUUUUCAACUUUGGUAAUUAGCCUAUUUUUAAUUCAAGGUGCCAACUUAUAAUAUGGCCAAAGUGAAGUGACCCUAAUUUUGCUUAUUCUGAUGUUUUGUUGUUGUUGUUGACAAGUUUUUCUUUUCAAAGACGUGGGCUGUGAUCUUAACUGAAGAAAAAUACAUCUUAACUGAAGCUGCAAUUUGUUUUUGUGUCUCUUUAAGACACGUGGUUUGAAUUUGCUUUAGAGUUUGCGUUUUUGGUUUUUUCUUGUAAUGCUCAAGUCUUUGGAGACUGAAAGUGGCUCUUUGUGGCCGAGGUGUAAACGUUUUGUCCAUGUACAGCUCUGUUGUUCAUAAUGUACACAAUGUAAAAUUUUUUGCUUUAAUGACUAUUGGUUAUUGUACAAACUAUGUAUAAACUGUAUCUAUUGAACAAAACAUGGUAUGCCAUUGGAAGAAAUAUGUGUAGAAACUAUUUUCAGCCAAGAAUAAGUAUUUGGAAAUAA